AUGUCUAAAGAUCAAUCAAAAGAUGAAGUCAUUCAAGAAGAUGGUGGAGCUCAAUUUCAAUCAUAUUUAAAUAAUGAUGGUAUUGAUGAUUUAACACCUCAAGCAAGAAAACAUAGAGUAUCAUCAUUAUCAUUAUCAGAUUUAAAUAAUUGGCAAAAUGGUUUAACUAAAUUAUCAUCAUCAUCAAAUUUAUCAAAAAAUGGUAAUGGUAAUUCAAAUUCAAAUUUAAAUAGAUCAUCAUCUGCUAAUUUAAAAAAAGUUGAUUCAUUAGCUAAAUUAUCAAGAAAUUCAAGUAUAAUAAGAAGAAAAAAAAAACAAGUUAUUGAUCAUGAAAGAGUUGCUUCUUAUGCUUUUUGUUUUGAUAUUGAUGGUGUUAUAUUAAGAGGUCCAGAUACUAUUCCACAAGCUGUUGAAGCUAUGAAAUUAUUAAAUGGUGAAAAUAAAUAUAAAAUUAAAGUUCCUUCAAUUUUUGUUACUAAUGGUGGUGGUAAACCAGAAAAACAAAGAGCUGAUGAUUUAAGUAAUAGAUUACAUUGUACUAUAACUGAAGAACAAAUUAUUCAAGGUCAUACUCCAAUGAGAGAUUUAGUUGGUACUUAUAAUAAUGUAUUAGUUGUUGGAGGAAUUGGUAAUGUUUGUAGAAAUGUUGCAGAAUCUUAUGGUUUUAAAAAUGUUUAUACUCCAUUAGAUAUAAUGAAAUGGAAUCCUGCUGUAUCACCAUAUCAUGAUUUAACAGAAGAAGAAGAUAUUUGUACAAAAAAAGUUGAUUUUAGUAAAACUCCAAUUGAUGCUAUAAUGGUAUUUGCAGAUUCAAGAAAUUGGGCAGCUGAUCAACAAAUUAUAUUAGAAUUAUUAUUAUCAAAAAAUGGUGUAAUGGGAACUCAAUCAAAAACUUUUGAUGAAGGUCCUCAAAUUUAUUUUGCUCAUUCUGAUUUUAUUUGGGCAACAAAUUAUAAAUUAUCAAGAUAUGGUAUGGGUGCAUUACAAGUUUCAACUGCUGCUUUAUAUCGUGAACAUACUGGUAAAGAAUUAAAAGUUAAUAGAUUUGGUAAACCUCAACAUGGUACUUUUAAAUUUGCAAAUAAAGUUUUAAGUCAUUGGAGACAAGGUGUAUUAGAUGAACAUUUAAAAAAAUUAAGUAUUAAUGAUCCAAAUGCAAAAGAUGCUGAUAUUUUAAUAAAUGAAGAUGGUGAAGAAAUUAUCAAUCAAUCAAAGUUGGAAAAUUAUUCAUUUUCAGAUUCAGAAGAAGAAGAAGAAGAAGAAGAAGAAGAAGAUGACGACAAGGGAUUAUUAGUUGGAGGUAAACCAAAAGAUACUAAACCAAAAGAUCCAAAACAAAAUAAUGAUGAUUUAAUUAAACAUAUUGGGAAAAUUGCAGAAGUUGGUAAACCAGAUCAAAUUACAUUACAAUUACCACCAGCAUCAACAGUAUAUUUUGUUGGUGAUACUCCAGAAUCAGAUAUUAGAUUUGCAAAUAGUCAUGAUGUUUCAUGGCAUUCAAUCUUGGUUAAAACUGGUGUUUAUCAAGAAGGUGCAGAACCAAAAUAUAAACCAAAACAUUUAUGUAAUGAUGUUUUAGAAGCUGUAAAAUAUGCUAUUGAAAGAGAACAUGAAAAAGAAUUAGCUGAAUGGAAUGAAACUUCUCAAGAUGAAACAACAAAUGAUGAUGAUAAAGGUUCAAGAUUAAAUUUUGCUGAUUUAGUUAUGACUCCAAGUGAUAAGAAGAAACAAGAAUCAUCAACAACAUCAAAUUCAAAACCACAAUCACAAUCUACCAAAACUGAUGAACCAGAAUCUGUUGAAGUACCUGCUGGAUUAACUGAACAACUUGAUAAAUUAAAAGAUGUUGGUAAAUAA